ACACACAUUAGUUAAGAUCAAGUGUGAGUGUAAAGUGUUGUGAUUGUGUGAAAGAACGAUAGCAGAGUACAAAGAGGAACUUUCUCGGACAAAAGAAGAGAACAAGAGACUACGUCAACUACUGGACUCUUUUUUCAAGAAACCUCAAGUUGUGUUACACGGAACAGACGUCUGUGAAAAAUAUCGUCCACCUGAGCAGCAGGAGGGGUCCUCCAGUAUGGAGCAGAAGAGGUCACAGCACCUCCACGUGAAAGAAGAGGAGCCACAGCCCCCCCACUUUCAAGUUGAAGAAAAACAGCGACUGUCCCCCCACUUCAUAGAGGAAGACAAGAGACACCUCAUCAGUGUGAAGAGUGAAGAUGAUGAGGUCAAAGGUGAGAGAGAGGCGGAGCCUCCAAGCAGCAGCUCAACUCAACACAUGACAACAGAAGCUGAUGGAGACCACUGUGGAGGAUCACAAGCAGACAAGCUCUUAGCUCCACUAUCAGAUAGUGAGGACACAACGUCACACUCUCCUGACACUGAUGAUGAACACUCUAAAGAUGAUGCAACAUGUCACACUGACAACACACACUUCACAUGUUCUCACUGUGACAAAACUUUUAAAUAUCCUAGUAAAUUGAAAAGACACAUGAGAACACACACUGGAGAAAAACCUUUUUCAUGUUCAAUGUGCAGUAAAGGUUUUACUCAUAGUCACGAUUUGAAAAGACACAUAAGAACACACACUGGAGAAAAACCUUUUUCAUGUUCAAUCUGUGGUAAAAAUUUUACUCAAAGGCACGAUUUGAAAGAACACAUGAGAAUACACACUGGAGAAAAACCUUUUUCCUGCUCAGAAUGUGGUAGAAGAUUUAUAACAAGUCGAUGUUUAAAAGUACACAUGAGAACACACACUGGAGAAAAACCUUUUAUGUGUUUAGUAUGUGGUAAAAGUUUUAGACAAAGACAUAAUAUGAAAACACACAUGAGAACACACACUGGAGAAAAACCUUUUUCAUGUUCAAUCUGCGGUAAAGGUUUUACUCGACAGCACCAUUUCAAAGCACACAUGAGAAUACACACUGGAGAAAAAACUUUUAUAUGUUCAGUAUGUGGUAAAAGUUAUAUAGAAAGACAGCAAUUAAAAGUACACAUGAGAACGCACUCUGGUGUAAAACCAUACUCCUGUUCAAGCUGCAACAAAUGCUUUCGUCACCUAAACACUCUUACAGUACACAUGAGAACACACACAGGAGAGAAAGUGUUGAGUUGCAGUGUGUGUGGUGAAAGAUUCUCUUCUAAGUACCAGUGUAAGAAACACAAGUGUGCUGGUGAGAACAGCAGCAGCAAAUGAAGAUGCAGGAUUUGAAAUAAACUGUCUAAACUUUCACUUUGACUUUCUAACAACAUCAGCACAUAUAACAUGUGUGACAUCAUUGUUGUGUGUGUAACACAACCUUGUUCAUAUGAUUCUAACAUUUAUAGAUUAGACACUUCAGAUUAGUGCUUUUAUUUCAGUCAAGUACAUGAGUUAAUAUACACAUUUGUGUACUUUAAAAUGAACAGAACAAUUGGACUGAAAAGGUGAGAAUAAACAGUACAUAAAAUGUGUUACAGUAAACGUGUAGAUAUUCAUAAUUCACUUUUAUACUUAAUCAUAAUAGUGUUUUUGUAUAGGUUUUUCGAAAUAAUCAACUGUUACAUAUUUUAUUUUCUAGUUGUAGAUGACUCCAUAGAUGAACUCCUUUAUAUGAUGUACAUAUUUGUUUUACAUGUGUUCAUACCUUUGCUUUUGAGUACUCAUAAAUCCCUCUUAGUUCAUAUUUACUGGUUCACAUCUGAAACAUCUUCUGGACCACUUCUGGAAGCAUAUUAUUAUUGACUUUAUACAUCAUUUGAGCAGUUGUCUUUUAUACAAUUUUAAAAUGUGUGACUUUAUGAAUCAUUUGU